ACCACCGUCACUUCUUCCGCCCGCGUGAAACCGACAGUCACAGUCCAAACAUGAGCGCUUCUGCUGUGGUUCGGAGGUUAGCAGCUCUGUCAGGAGCCUCGGCAGUGGGAGCUGGGGCUUACGGGGCUCACGGUUUCAAGAACAGCGAUCCUGAUGACUACCGAAUAGUGCUUUUUGAAACCGCCAACAAGUACCAUUUCUACCACAGCCUGGCCUUGCUGGGUGCUGCCCACUGUGGGAAACCUGCUGUGGCUGGUAGCCUUCUGAUUGCGGGCAUGGGGAUGUUCUGUGGCUCUUUAUACCACCAGGCUCUGACAGGGGACCCCGGACUGCGCAAAGCGGCUCCCGUGGGGGGCGUAGCUAUGAUUGUUGGAUGGCUGGCCAUGAUUCUCUGAACUGUGACAGCUUACAUCUUCUCCAGAGAGCCACACUGUGACACUAAACUGUCAGACUGCUAAUAAAUGAACUGGAGAACUUGUAAGAGUUGGCUGAGGGGUAGUGCUGAGUUAUAAUGUCACCCAUCCAACCACCGCCUGCCCUGGGUUGUGGAUGUCAGCAGGAGAUAAGGUCACCGCAGGAUUAUCACUUUUCUGCCACUGCUGUCUGUUUGUGGCUGCUGCCCUUUGACUAUAAUGUUAAACUGGAUAAGAAAUUUAACACAAAAUGAAUGGAAUGAACUGUAUCAUCCAAUUUGUCAUGGAACAUUUCAACUUUUGGUGGGAAAAUCAAUAAUGAGCUGAUUUGAGUUAAAAUGCAUCAAUAAGACAGUGUUUGUUGUAAAAAUAAAGAAUCCCUUAAAAUAGAUGAAGAACGAAAUAAUUUCCUAAACUCUGAAAUCUUUUUUUCCAUAAGGAUUGUUUAUUUACCUUUAGACAGUCAUUUAUCAGCAUGAAUAAAUCACAACAAUGAAUAUUCAAUCUGCUGUAUAU